AUGGCAACUUUACUCACCGAAUUGAUUGUCAUUGUUUUGAUAAACCUCUUUACCCUCGCCACUUUCGCAAGAAACCGUCACUUACGCAAGCGCAGUACGUACUUGGUAAUAAAUCUGACUAUAGCUGAUUUACUUUUUGGAGUGGCGGCUGUUCUUCCACCAUUACUCGAACCAGAUAUCCUGGAGAGCCAAAAUAUACUUAGAGAAAGUUUCAACGGGCCAUGGUAUGCAUUUCUGUACUUAACCCUGAACUCAUUAUUUCCAGCUGCUUCGUUAGCUAAUCUCUCAUUAAUUUCGUUAGAGAGGUUGCACGCAACAAUUUAUCCCUUUAGACACUGUCUGAUACGUGAACAAGUAUACUUUGGGGUGAUUACAUUGAGCUGGCUUUUAGCCUUACUUUUUGCAUUUAUGAUGGCCAUUUUAGUUGUUUUACGUGAACAGCUUAAAGUGGUUUUUAACGUAUUUGCGUCUUACUGUUUUAUUACCGUUCUUAUUAUCACAGUCUGUUAUGUUAUUAUUAUUUUGAAUGUCAAAAGCAGCCCUCAAUCACAUAUUUUUGGAUCAAAGCUUUUAGUAGAGAAGAAACUAUCAAUAACCUUAUUUGUAAUGACUGCGGCGUCCUUCCUGACCAUUCUACCUUGGGCUGUUUGGGUAGCUAUGUUGAUACACAUAUGGGGAGAGUUGAGCCUUUCGAUAACUUGUCGCUUUCACCUUACAUUUUUUGCCAUAUAUUUAUGUAAUUCCAUAGUUAAUCCUAUAAUAUACGCUUUAAGAAUGCAAGAAUUCAGGAAAGCAGCCAGGAAACUUUUUUGUUAUAGAGAGUCGAUGCCUGUGGAGUCCAUUGAACUUCGUGCUGUAUAGUACGUAAUGAAAACAAAUUGAGAAAUAAAUUGAUUAAUCAAUAAUGAUUGGGUGGUAGCAAAAAUGCGGACAGUGACUUAGGUUAACAAACUUUGAGGAAUCAAAAAACACUUUUUAAAUUUUAGUAAUUGGUUAAUGAGAAGUGGAGUUCUUUCGCGCAGGGAAAUCCUUUAUAAUUGAUCUUGGAUAAUAAAAAAAUGAUAACUGAUAAUAAAAAAUCACCUUGUCGAAAAAGCUAUAGAUGAACUGGAAACUUAUUUCCCAACUCGCGCUUCUCCCUUCUCCCUUCACUACAUUUUACUAAAUUGCCAGGCUAAGAAAACCUGUUACGCCGCAAAAUGUAUUAGUCGCUGCAAAUUGUAAUACUAACACAAAAUGUAAGUCAUUCGAUUAAAAUAGCUGCUGUCAAAAACAAGGAAUAAAAACGCUUUGAUCAAAUUUCAAUGCAUUAUUCAAAUGCAUUUAGAAUAUAUGAAUUGAGUUCGGCCAGACAGUAACACGACUUUUGAAACCAAAUUUUGCAAAGCGCCGUGCUUAAACCGAAUUUCUAUCGACACGGCAGUAACCUGAAAUUUGAAACGGGCCUAAUAGUGAAAAAGCACGUAAUAAAAGAUAUCCGAUCUGUCACAUUUUUUUUUUCACGAGAACCAGCUAACUUUAGCGGAAGUUUACUUUUUGCUAAUUUUUCACUUAAUCGAGGUUCUGAAUGUGUCUUUAAUGCUGUAUUUUUUAGUCAAAAUUUCUUUUAUUUUGAAGUUCUCAAGCUUUAUAGAAUCCAAACAGUUUACCUGGCAAAGUAGUUGUUGUUUGCCUCAGAAGCAGACAGCGCAAAAUUAAAAAUUUUUAGUUCGCCCAGCAACGGAAUGUUUUUCUUUGGAGUAGAGCUGAGCUGAUGCCACAAAAACAUUGUGUUUGCCCGGUAACGCACAAGUUGUAUUGUGUAGUACGUCUUAUUCAUUUGGUUUGAGUAGUCAGGGAUAUACUCACACCAACAGUCGGAGGAAUACUCUUUAAUUAGAACUAUUUUUUACAAUAAAGUCAAGUGCUUUUGACGGCGAGUGUUAAUCGCCCUAAGAGAUCACCCUUUUUAUCUCUCGACGCAUUUCCCCAGUUGUCAACCUAAAUUCUGCCUUUUGUAGCUUCAGACACCUAACAGAAAAUGUGCAAUAAUUGAACAGAAGAAUCUACUAAUGCUCCUGAGUUGGCACCUGUAUUACAUUCAAAAACGGAAACAAAUGUACGAUUCGGUUCUCUAUAGAUGAUUGCUUCUCCUUAUUUCAACUGUUAUUUAAUUUAUAAUAUUUAUAAUAAUAUUAAUAUUAAUAUCAAGAAUAAUAUUAACAAUAAUAAUAACCUGUAGUUUAAAUGAAAAUCUGAAUCUGCUACUGAUUACUGAGCCACAAUACUGACUUCAAAAUAUAAUGCAUGUCAUAUUAUUAAAUUUUGCGUUAUUACAUUAUGCGUUAGAAAAGUUAUCUCAUGUUGCGUUUGAAAAUUUUUAUUACAUUUUGCGGCGUAACAAAACUUAUUUAAGAAAAGGUAUGGAAAUAUAGUUUUUAACAUUUCUGUGGCCAAAGAAUAGCAUAGUAUUUUUUUUUCCACUUUACUGCUUCUUUUCAUUUUAGCAAUUUAAAAAGGUGAGAAGUAAAGCAAAGUAGAACAAUGUGGAUUGACUGUGGCUUGUUUUUAAAACGCUGAGGUUUUACCUUUAAUUUUGAACAAGUUUAAUCGCUGGUUGUUGACUGAAAACGAUAUAUAGUGAAUAACUAACUUUAGUUAUCAUAAAGACGUAAAUUGUGUCUGUCGUAGGGCUCAACACUAGGUUUAUCAUGUAGCCUGAUGGUUGCUCGCUUCAACAUAUAUCGACAUAUAUUUAUUAAAUUCCGCUUAUCCCUUGAUAGGCUGUAGCAUCAAAUUUACCUAGAGACAAUUAUGCAAUGUGUACCUAAUUUGUUAAUAAGGUGAAAUAAAGUGGACUGAAAGCAAAUCCUGCUCUUCAAAAUAAAAACAACAAAAUAGCAAACUAUGCACAUUUUGUUGAUGUUCUUAAGGUGGCUCCGUAAUUAAUACAAGAGCAUUUUGCCGUGACAAAUUUUCCGUCAUAACUUUUUGGUUCUUAACGCGAUGACUGCGAAACUUUGCAAAGAACAACAUAUAUCAUUCGGCAAUAAUACGAAAUAUUCCGAUUUCAUUGAUGGUAAAUAUUUCUUGAGAAAUUAGCGCUUAAAAGGACCCUAAUGUUCGAAGAAAAUCGCGUCUAGUAAAAAAAUUUGCUGAUAUUUUUUACUGAAAUUUCUGGUAUCGGCUUUAAUUGAUAUAAUAAAUAUGCCAGAGGAAUUUCAGAAAAAUCGUUGGAGCAGAAGUCCGUAACUAAAAGUCGCUCAAAAUUCAGCUGUGAAAUUGUUUUGGAAUUUCAAAAAUAAAUUACUAUCAGGUAGAAGGAGCCACCAGUUUGAAUUUUCGGGACAAGUAAAUUCAACGUUUGCUAAUUCUUAAAACAAAAGCCGAUUGCCUAUCGUGCUAUUCUUUAAAAGGUACUUUUUAGUUUUAGAAGCACCAUAAAUUGCUCCAAACCUUGCUCUGAAGUAGAAUGACUUGUUCUUCGACAUUUUUAAAAUAUCCCUUUGCAGUUUUGGCUCAAACUCCUGCUGCAUACAUUUUGAUGUAUUGCAAUUCAUUUUUAACGACUUUUACUGCUGUUCGUUGCUUCCAACUCAGGAAAAAAGUAUUGAGAUUGGACGCUACGUCGUAUCAGAGCUCAGAUAGAACUGUCCAGCACCUUUGUUUAUAACUACAAAAUGAGCACGAGCAGCAGUUCUGCGAGGAAUUCGCACCUUACCCAGGGGGGACGAACGACAAUGAUGACCAUGCCUGUGAACCGAAUAACAUCACAGUGCAAAAUAAAAUUAUCGCAAAAAUACUGCCCGUGAAUAAAUUUACAACUCUGAAAUUUUUGUCACUCCUUCCUUCAAUGAAUGGGUAUUUUUUCUUGAUUAUUAUGUUUUGCUCUUCAAUACAUGUUUAUACAGAUCGGUUCUCAGACAUGGGUAUCAUUAUCAUUCGUCCCCCCUGGCUGAGGUGCGAAUUCCUCGCAGAGCUGCCGCACGUGCUCAUUUUCUGGUCAUAAACAAAGGUGCUGGACAGUUCUAUCUGAGCUUCGAAACAAGGUAGCUUACAAUCCCAAUACCUUUUUCCUGAAUUGGAAACAACGUACAGCAAGAAAAGCCGUUGAGGAUGCAUUGCAAUACAUCAAAAUGUAUGUAGCAGGAGUUUGAACCAAAACUGCCAAGGGAUAUUUUAAAAAUGUCGAGGAACAAGUCAUUCUACUUCAGAGCAAGGUUUGGAGCAAUUUGUAGUGCUUCUAAAACUGAAAAGUACCUUUUAAAGAAUAGCACGAUAGCCAAUCGGCUUUUGUUUUCAGAAUUAGCAAACAUUGAAUUUACUUGUCCCGAAAAUUCAAACUGGUGUCUCCUUCUUCCUGAUAGUAAUUUAUUUUUGAAAUUCCAAAACAAUUUCGCAGCUGAAUUUUGAGCGACUUUUAGUUACGGACUUCUGCUCCAACGAUUUUUCUGAAAUUCCUCUGGCAUAUUUAUUAUAUCAAUUAAAGCCGAUACCAGAAAUUUCAGUAAAAAAUAUCAGCAAAUUUUUUUACUAGACGCGAUUUUCUUCGAACAUUAGGGUCCUUUUAAGCGCUAAUUUCUCAAGAAAUAUUUACCAUCAAUGAAAUCGGAAUAUUUCGUAUUAUUGCCGAAUGAUAUAUGUUGUUCUUUGCAAAGUUUCGCAGCCAUCGCGUUAAAAUCGAAAAAGUUAUGACGGAAAAUUUGUCACAGCUAAAUGCUCUUGUAUUAAUUACGGAGCCACCUUAAAAGAGACUUGCAAAGUACCGAAGCAUCAUUGUCAUUCGAUUCCUUCAAAAUAUAUCUCCGCUUUUGAUUGGCUCAGAUCCCACGGGUUAUUCUAAAUAACCAGCUAGUGCUGAACAAAUUUGGAAGAUGUUUUUGAUAUCCGGAAUAAAACGUUAAUAGAAAAGGGGGCAACCGAGAAGUCCUGGGCACGAGGUUUCGUUUUUUUGGUAAAGCAUUAGAAUCAUGUGGAAAAUGGUGGAACAGCUUUGCGAAGAAGAAGUAGCCAGAAUACUGCCUCAAAGCAUAGAAAGAACAUCAGCACACAACUCGAAGGACAACUGCUACUUUAAGAACAUCUGCAGAACUAGGCAUUCCUUUUUAUUAAAAACUGAAUCAUUGGAUAAUGUAAUUCUAGAGCUCUGAUUGGCUUAGCCAUCAUGGUAAUUUUGCCAUUUUACCAUGUUCUCCAAAUUUUGUAACUGUACGCGUCUGCUCAAAAUUAAAAACAGUAUUUAUAUUUUGUGGGCGUUUUUAAUAAAACAAUUAUUCCACUCGCGUUAGUUGGAUAUGAGAUGACUAUAGCCAACUCAUAUCCAAAACGCAUUCGUGCAAUAAUUGUUUAAUAUCCUGAACUCGCUCUGAAACAGUCAAAUGAAGAAUGGGACUUAACAUCGAGGUAAGGAUGUUUUAGCUUGUUUUUAAACUAGGAAUUAUUUUAAAUCAAUAAUAAAACAAUUCUUGGAUUCAGCUUUCUUAUAAUUUAAAGAAUUAUGCAGAAAUAGGAAGCUGUUAUCCGCCUCUUCGGAAAAUACCUUAGCUUCUCGAUCUCCAUAAAUCUUCAUAUCAUACUCAUCCUUACCCAAUAAUUGCUAAAUUAAUGGUUCCGAGCGUCCUCUUUUACAUUUUCGUCUUCACUUCUUUUUUAUUAUCAUUUUACCAACCUAAAAAGGAAGAGUAAUUAUUAAUUUCGUAUUUACUAAAAGUUGCAUAAAUUUCACCUGCUCAUCUAGCCUGUUUUCCAGGCAGGGAUCAAAUUUAUCGCAAAGAUGACUACCUACACGUGAGUUUCCUCGAAAAAUUACUCAUAAAAGAAAAGAAGAAGGCUAAAGUGAGUAACUAUGUCUAGAGGAAACAACUAGUUUAAUCAAAAGAUGAGUGUCUACAGUGACUUCUGUCCUAGCCUGCGUAGCAGGCGCUUGGAAGUAAUAGGGCGCAAGAAAGAACGGGGCGCGCGCCUUUUACAUACUUCUAAGCAACUGUUACUUCUGUACAAGUUUAGGAUGAUCAUUCGUGUUCUUCCAUAACUAAGGGAUAUUCCGAAGAAGGACCUGCCCCUAAUUCACAACUGCGAUGCGGUCAUGUUAACUCAUUUAUCAUUCCCUAAAAGAGACAUUCAAAUACAUGGUCGAUUAUAUUACGUGUUAUUCCGCUCGAGCUCAGCUACUAUAAUUGAUUAACGCAGAAUUAUUGCUCCAUAAAGCGACAUAUUUUGAUGCACUUUUACGCUGAACUUUUUUCUAUGUCGACGCUAUUUGAUAAUACGAUUAGUGAGCCUUAGAGAUGAAUAUUUCUAAGCUGAAUGAAACGGUUUAAAAACGUUUUAUCAGUUUUUUAGCAAGCGGAAUCAAUAAGAGGAUUUUCUCUGAGGGUACUUGAAAAGCACCUGUUAUAUGCAGUAUGGAAUUGAAGGCUGUUUAGACAGUGUAUGUCAAAGGUAUCUAUGGCAACCACAGCUUACCUACGGUAGUAUUAUCAUAAAUCGUUCUAAGGAAUAGGUUUUCCUAUCUGUUUGAGGACGUUCAUUGUGGGUAAGGGCUAUGAGGAUUUUUCAGUCGGAAAAACAUUUCACGGGUGGCCCCUAAUCGAACCUAUAUUUUACACUGACCCAAUCCCCCCUCCAUAAAAAUAGACUUUCAGUGAAUAGAAUCUAGCAUAGCCCUCCCCACCCCUCUAUACUCAGAAACCUUCUGCACCAGAAAGCUUUAUUCAACUUUCACACGGCACCAAAGUAUGGCAAAAAACCUAUCAGAUAUGUGACGCUCCACUUUCGAGAUCGGCGUGGCUCAGCUUCGCUCCAGCAAAGAAAUCGCGCCGCCACAAUCGCUCAACUGUUGAUUUCAGAGACGAUUUGCUGCAGGGUAUCGGUAUUAGACAAAUAAUUUUGUCAUAAUACUCGCCGGUCCAGUCUGCAUAUAUAGGGUUUUAAAAUGAGGAAAAGGAGGCUUAAUAUAAGAUGGGCGGUGCAUAAUUUAUUCAUGUACGACAAAUUUGCUUUUUAUUUUUGUGCUUUUUUUCUUUUAGUUUCUACUCAGUCUUAAUUUGUAUAAAGUUAUGAUAGGCUCUAUGGCCGCGUUACUUUCACUAUGGUUCUAUACCGUCCUAUCUGCAACAUAGCUGAGAAACCGGGAUAUAUUUUCUUUUCACUAAUAGCACUGUGAUAACAUCUUAACUUGGGAGCACGCUUCAUCAAAAAUGAUAAUGGACGAAUGUCAAGACAACAAUAAAACUGUUGUGACGUUUGCCAAAUUCACGAAGGAACCUCUUUUUGCUUUUAGCGUAAACGCGCAAGGAGAGCGAGAUUGCUUAACAAAUAGUAAUAUAUUGAUAAACUUAUAAGGAAGAUUAUUAGUAAAAAUACAGAGUUCAGAGAGCUGGACUUAAACUGAAGAGACAACAGCUCAGUAAAGGAUGAAAUUAUAUAUUAAACUUUGUUUUCGAGAAAUUGAAACCAAAUGAUUUUGCAUAUAAUUCACCUGUUCAUUUUAAUUCUCUAAAUUUGGGCUAAUUUAUUGCGAAAUAAAUGCAAAAUGUUGAACUCUGACAAACAAAGCAGUGUAUUAAAAGAAUAUAGGACAUGGACAUAAUCGGUGAGUUUUAAGUCCAAGGGCCCAAAAGAAGUUAUGAGUUCUUUACGUGCUUUCUUUUUGUUCUACGAUAGUCAGAGAUACUGUACAUAUGAUGUGAAGCAAAACUUUAAAGGGAUAUGAUUUUUGGCGGAUUUCGAGGAUUUUCUAAACGGAUGCAUGACAUGAAGGCCAAAAAUAUCAAAAUGAAGCGUUAUGCUUAGAUAUUUUCUCGUUAACUACGAGUACGAAUUUUAAGUUUCAGUCCUGUUAUAUUCUCAGAACUAACUCAAAAAUGAUAGGCAGGAUGGCACAGGUGGUGUACUACCUAAAAAGUGAUUAUCAAAAGCACAAGGGCUGCGUUUGAAAAGUCAUGCCCGUACUUGUAGUAUCAUGAGCGUAGUCUUAUCAAAAGGUUCGUAUUAAGUAACUUAGGCCCGUUUCAAACGUCUUGCUACCGCCGUGCCGAACUCAAUUGAUCCAAUUAAAUUCGACUUUAGCACGGCAGUAGCGCGACGUUUGAAACCAAGUCGUGUUACUGCCGUGUAGCACGGCAAGCCUUGCCGUGCUACACAGUAGUAGCCCGAGUUGGUUUCAAACGUCGUGCUACCGCCGUGCCGAACUCAAUUCAUGAAUCAUAAAUACAUUAGAACACAUUUAAAGGCUUGCCAAACCGUUUAUUUAUUUUUCCGUUUUGUUUUCGGCAACAGCUGUUCUAUUCGACUAAAUUAAAUCGACGUCUGAAACCAAGUAGUGCUAUUGUCUUGCUGCAGUCGAGCUACAGUCGAGCCAGCUUAGCACAGCAGUAGCACGACGUUUGAAACAGGCCUUAAAAGCGUGCAAGCGUCGAAACGUUUCUAGCACGAAGAGUUUCACCACGUUUUUGGUUGAAUAUAUGAAAAAAUGGCAGGGGGGAUAGCGCCGUCGUAGCUUUGAACUCCAUUUGGACGACUUUAUGACAAACGGAAAAUAUGAAUUAAAAUAACAUCCUCUACGAAUUGCCAGAUCAGUCGUACCUAAAAUAUGGCCUAGGCUCGUGUCUUAUCCACAAUUGUGGAAUCCACGAUUUUGCAAAAAUUUGUACCCGCAAAUCGCAGACAGGUAGUGUCAGCAAUAAACUCCCGCCUAAAUUUCAAGCCACAAGGCACUCUCAAUUGCUUUUACAGUAUAAGUGACCCUAAACUCGCACAAAUAGACAGACCGAUAGACAAAUUUUAGCUGUCGAUCGUCUAUAUUUACGACCAGAAAUAGAAAAGAAAAGCUUAGUUUUGUCAUUAUUUUGCUCAAAUUUCGGAACAUCGUUUUUCUAUUUGACCUGAUGUAUUACUUGUCAUAGAUAUGGGAGGGUAAAUGCCUCCUUCCCAUUUAGCGAUACAUCAAUGCAAGAUUAACUUUUUAUUUAUGAAUAUUUUGCUUUGGAUGAAAAUAUAGCAGUUUUCUUGCUUUGCUAGGAGUACUCGGUAGGACAUCUGUUAACAACGUUUAUGGGCCAAUUGAGACGUCAUCCUUUUAUAGUUUUCGAAUCUUUUUAUUUCAUUCUUUCUUCUUGUUUUCUCUCUGUGUGACUGCUUCUCGCAUUAACAUGCUGUUUUGUUUGCAAAUUUCCUUUAGAAAUGAGGGAUACCAGCGGGCACCGUAACACUUGGUGAGGAUGAAAGAAUGCUGGAAUGUUUGUUGUGAGACAGGUAGAAUUAUUUCUGAAAAAGAAGAAAGAGCCUGGUUUGCACCAUUUAUCAUCGAGUGUAUUGUGAUCUUUUUGCUGAACGCCUUUACACUCGCCAUCUACACAAGAAACCGUCACUUACGCAAGCCCAGUACGUACCUUAUUAUAAAUCUGACUGUGGCUGAUUUACUGGUGGGAAGAGUGGGAACAGUGCUUGUACGUUUAUCAUGUUUCGUACCAGAUAAACUGGAGAGGGACCUGGAACUUAAACAGGCUUUUAGCUGGCAAUCAUUCGUGUAUUUGACAUUAUCUGAUCUGUUUCCAGUUGCUUCAUUAGCUAAUAUUUCAUUGAUUUCGUUAGAGAGGUUACACGCAACACUUUUCCCCUUUAGGCAUUGUCUUAUUGGAAAGCGGGUUUACCUCACCACUAUUUGUUAUAGUUGGUUGUUCUCCUUGACUUUGUCAUGUGUGUUUUCUCUUCUUGAUUUGCGCGCAUCACCUGCAUUUCCCUAUGUAUUUUCAUCUUACAUUUUUCUCUCCCUUCUCAUUCUCACAGUUUCAUAUGUCAUAAUUAUCUCAACUGUCAAAAACAAUCCCCCUUCCCCCUAAUGCUGGACAGGCGCUUUCAAAAGAAAGGAAACUAACGGUGACCUUAUUUACAGUUAACGUGGUCUCUGUUCUAACCAUUCUUCCUUUUGUUAUUUGGACUGUUAUCGCCCAUCACAUACAGAGUAAACUAUGUCAUGCAGUCUUUCUCCGCAUCGAAUUCUCGUUUGUCUUACUCUAUUUAUUCAAUUCUAUAAUCAAUCCCCUAAUAUAUGCAAUAAGAAUGCAAGAGUUUAGGAAAGCAGCCACAAAA